AGCGUCCAGAAUGCUCGAGCAUAGGUAGAAAGACAAAAGCAAAAACGUUGCAACAUGAGGGACCCACUGGCAGCUUGUUCGUACAAUAAAGUAUACAAGAACCUAAAGGAGUUUUCUCAAAAUGGAGAUAAUUUCUGCAAGCAGAUCAUAUCUGUUCUUCAGCAAAGGGCAAACCUGGAGAUUAGCUAUGCCAAAGGACUUCAGAAACUGGCAAUCAAGCUGAGCAAGGUGUUACAAAGCACAAAGAAAAACUGUCUCAGCAGUGCCUGGGCCUGGGCCUCAGAGGGCAUGAAAUCCACAGCGGACCUUCAUCAAAAACUUGGCAAAGCAAUUGAGUUGGAAGCAAUAAAACCGACUAAUCAAGUCCUCAGUGCACAAGAGAAGAAGAAAAAAUCACUUGAUAAUGAAGUGGAAAAGACAGCAAAUCUUGUUAUUAGCAACUGGAAUCAGCAAAUUAAGGCCAAGAAGAAAUUAAUGAUGAGUACCAAGAAGCAUGAAGCACUUUUCCAUCUUGUAGAAAGCUCCAAGCAAUCCGUGACUGAGAAGCAAAAGCGGAAGCUCCUCAAUAAACUGAAAAAAUCAACUGAGAAGUUGGAAAAAGAAGAUGAAAAUUACUACCAAAAAAAUAUGGAGGGCUAUUCUACAAGAUUGAAAUGGGAAAACACACUAGAAAACUGCUACCAGAGCAUCCUAGAGCUGGAGAAGGAAAGAAUUCAAGUUUUAUGCAAUAACUUAAACCAGUACAGCCAACAUAUUUCUCUUUUUGGCCAAACCCUGAGCACAUGUCACACACAGAUUCACUGUGCCAUCAGCAAGGUUGAUGUCGAAAAAGAUAUCCAGGCUCUCGUGGAAGAAACUGCCAUUUCAUCUACAGAAAACAAAUCCGAGUUCCUAUUAACCGAUUACUUUGAAGAAGAUCCUAACAAUGCAGUGGAUAAAGAGAGACGAAAGUCCUUAAUAAAACCAAAAUUGUUGAGACUGCAAAGAGACAUUGAAAAAGCCUUGAGAGAAAAGGAAGGCCUGGAACAAACGCUUAAUGCAUACUCCAGCAACUCCUCCUUCUCGGACGCAAAGAGCCAGAAAGACACAGCAGCAUCAGUGGACGAGAACAAUUUGAAGCUAGACCUUUUGCAAGCGAACUCCUAUAAACUGGCAUCAAUAUUAGCAGAGCUUGAGCAAAGACCUAAACCCAGCCAUCCCUGUAGUACCUCCAUCUUCAAGUGGAAAGAAAAGGAGUAUACUCAUAGUUAUGUAAGAAUAUCUCGGCCUUUUUUGGUGAAGAGGUUAGAGAAUGCUCUGAGGCUGGCAUCUUCUGGCGGCCAGAGCAAUCCACGUUCCUCAUCUUCAGCCUCUGGUGUGGCUCAGCUCGGCAACAGUCUUUGCAAGGCCUUAUAUGCUUUCCAAGCCAGGCAAGAUGAUGAACUGAAUUUGAAAAAAGGUGACAUUGUGACUAUACAUGAGAAAAAAGAAGAAGGAUGGUGGUUUGGAUCUUUAAAUGGAAAAAGAGGCCAUUUUCCUGCCACUUACGUGGAGGAGCUGCCUUCUAACGCUGGGAACACAGCUACACAGGCAUAAACCA